AUGAGCGGCCCCUGGGGCAGGCUCCCGCUCUUCGAGGACCCCGCCGCGCCCGCGGCUGGCAAGGAGGCUGCCCGAGCCCCCGGCCAGUUCGAGAUCGGCGCGCCGGGCCGUUCCGGGCCGCCGGCGGCGACGGCGGAGGCGGAGCUGGAAGCGGGCUGUUCGGCGGCUGCCUCCUUCGCGACGCCAGCUCCGCAGGCCGGAGAGCAGGACCCCACGCAGGGGGUCUUCGCCUGGUCGCCGGUCGUGAGCCGCGCGGAGCUGAGGCGGCUAUCGACCAGCGCCGAGCUGGCGUCGGGCCCCCACCUGAGGGCGCUCGUCGUGGUCUUCUGCGCGCUGCUCUGGCUGGUCGUCAGGGAGUGGCUGCCCAGGUUCACCAUGAUACCCCUGGUCGGCGUCCUGUGCACGUCCACCAGUGCUCUCUGGCGCGUGACGGGGGCGGGGCCGGAGCAGGCAGCAGGGGGAAGCCCAGGCGGGCCUCCGAGAGUUCUAUUCUGCAGCAGUGGCGUGAUCGACCGCAUGCACGUGCCUGCUGCUAAGGCGCUCCUGUGCCAGCUGGGUCUGGCAGGGGUGAUGCGGCUGGAGCGGCUCGCCCCAGCACCUCCAGGGCCACAGGCGCCGUGCAGGAAGUACUCCGCGUAG